UGCUGAGCUGCGCACUGUCGGUGACCUGCUAGCGGUGUUUCGAAAGCGCAAUAUAAAAAGUUCAAUACAGUCGUACUGGAUAUUGGUUUGCAACUAAAUAUUUCGUCAAGGCUUCGGCAAAGCAUCAUGAGUGCAGUCUCUACCCCGACCCCCCGGGUCCGACAAUGGUCUUCCCCAUCCCUGGGGCCGAAGGCAGCGCCGCCUGCCACCAGCACCCCUCGGCUUGGGUGUCUUCCAAGCAACGAUGACGAACAGGAGAGACGUCAAAGGCGUAGGUCAAGGAUUGUUGACCUCCAAGGUGGAGCCGAUUCGUCUUUCAACGACUCCGCCACACACAGUCGUGCAGACACCCCUGCGGCUGUCCCCAAGCUGUCCACCGCCCAGAUCUCCGAGCAUUAUUCCACCUGCAUCAAACUCUCCACUGAAAAUAAAAUUACCACCAAAAAUGCUUUUGGUCUGCAUCUCAUUGACUACAUGGCAGACAUUCUGAAACAGAAGGACUCUGAGCUCAAUUUUAAGGUGGCUGCCGGUACGCUGGAUGCCAGCACCAAGAUCUAUGCGGUGCGAGUGGACGCUGUGCAUGCGGAUGCUUACAGGGUACUGGGAGGCCUCGGCUCUGAGACCAAGCCCAAGGAAGCAGCAGGGCCAGAGGAAGGUGAGGACGCGGCAGCCAAUGAGGAGGGAGCGGCGGCAGAGGCCACCGCCGCCAAGCAGGCCACCAAGAAGAAGCGUCCGCCCAAGAAGACCGUGGAGCAAAACCUGGGCAACAUCAACCGCUCCGAGUCAGAGAUGAAAUGUGAGGUGGACCCCAUGUUCCAGCGCAUGGCGGCGUCCUUCGAUGAGAACAGUACAGCGGGGGUGUUCCUGUCGGUGCUGUUCAGCGAGGACAGCCGCUGCGAGCUGCGCUUCCCCUCCCACAUGACCCUGCUGCACACCAGGCCCCCAUGCAGUGCCAUGCCAGCCCAGCACGUCUCCGCACAACACCUCACAGGAGGCCUGAAGUCCCUGCAGGAUCGCCCCAUCUGCCCGUCCCUGGGCGACUUCUCCUUCACAAGAUGGUCUCCAGAUCAGACCAUGAAUCAGAUGCUGGAGAAGAUGAAGCAGGGCGAGCACGUGUUUGACGUCAACGCUGACAUCGAGCAGGACGAAGACGAGUGCCAGGACUUUGGGGACAACUUUGAUGCCGACUCUGAGGAGGUGGGCCAGGGGGAUUUCGGCGGCGAGGGAUACGACGAGCACAGAGAGAACUGCGCCGCUGGAGGGACAGAGAAACGUGGUGUCAUCCCCAUCGGCAAGGCGGACAUCACCACCAUGUGCCUGCAGCUGUCGGCUCAGCCCAGGGAGUACUCCUACUUCAGCCCCAAGACUCUGGCCUCAUGGGUCGGCCCCGACUACUGGCUUAUCAAACCAGGACAGAAGCAGGACCAAGCACAAGACAAGGAAGCCCGGAAGAGGGCCCCCAAGAAUGCUCUGGUCAUCGACUUCACAGAAGACAUCCACUUCCACAAUUACUUUAAAACGACACGCGAAACAAGUGAUGCAAAAGUUCCUGGAGACAAAUCCUUCAGUCAGUCCACCCGGGUCCUGCUUCAGAAAUUGCCCGGCACAAUGGCAAGCAACCUCUCUGUGCCCCUGGCGUUCGUUGCCCUUCUUCACUUGGCCAAUGAGAAGACCUUGUCACUACAGAAAGUGGAUGACAUGACGGACAUAAUUAUCAAGCAAGACCACUAAGGAUAAACUGAUGUUAUACCGUCUGCAUACUUUUUGUAAAAUGUUUUUUAUUCUUUACUUUUAACAUAUAACAUUUUUUUUUUGUCAUUUUAAUAAUGUCUGUGAAAUACCUCCCUCAUAACAUUCACGGGUUUAUUUUAUAUUUUAUUUCAUUUUAUUUUUUUUAAUCUGUGUCUACACUUUUAGAACAAUUUUAUUGUGAUGGCAUGGGCCCCUCCUGUGUUAUCACACAAAAACAAUAAAUCCAUAGAACACGUGUAUGAAUUUUAAAUAUUCAGUGAUGUGUGGUCAUUUCAGGUUUCUCCAAGUGAACUAGGUGGUCACUUGCUUUCCCUUACAGCUGAGCCUUACAUAUUUGUAUCUUUUCUAUGUGCUGUCUAAACUGUCUCAGUCUUUGUCUAUGUAUGUGUUGUAUAUGUGGUCCUCAUUCUGAAACCAUCCAUUAAAGGGAUCUUUUCACUGA